AUGAUUGGGCAAAAGGCAUAUUAGGAAUUUUCUAUGGAAUUAAAGUAGGAAUUUUCAGUAUCUUUUAUGGAUUUAUUAUUGGCUGUCUUUUAAUCAUAUGGUACAUUUGGGAAUUUUGUUUUAAAAAAGUAUUACAUAGUCAAAAAAAAGAAAAGGUAGGAAACAGAAGAAAUAUGA